AUAUUAAUAUAUAACCCAAGCGCAAUAUAUAUAUCUAUUUAUACAUAUAUAUAUACUCGCAUUCCAGUAUAUGGAAAAGACGUCCUAAACAGCAAACCAGCUGUUAGCCAAGUUUUUCAACUCUACAUUUAACCAAGUGACAAUAUAAUCGGAAAAGAACACCAAAAGUGGUCAGUUGAUAACCAAGUUUCAGAACUCAUAUCAAAGAGGCCAGUUAUUUCUCAAACAUAUAUAUAUAUUCUAUAUUAUACAUCAUAUAUUAUAUAUAUAUAUAUAUAUAUAUACAUAUAUAAAUAUUCUCACAUACAACAGUUAGACUUUGGACAAGAAAACUAGAUAGUGGCUCAUCACGACGAUCGCUGUCACUAUGUCGGACAAUUGGAAACAAAGAAGUAUGCACUACCUGCUCGCAUUAUCGAUCUGCUGGUUGUUCUCGGCCGAGAUUCUUCAGGCCGGAUUUCUACCCCGAUCUACCACAGAGGAGGACCAGGAACAAACUGACAGCAGUACAUCACCUACACUCAGAGCCUACCCCAUCGUAAAUGACACAGGUUCGAAUUUCACCCAGGACCGUCAGAACUCUAACAGCGACCAAUUCCGAUUAAUCAAGAAGACCAAGCUGGAACUGAUCAAGCAACAUAUAUUAUCCAGUUUGGGAUUUACACAGGCACCGAAUAUUACCAUUCCAAAGUUUGAGAACUAUAGUCUCUCUGAUAUGAAGAAGUGUUACCGACCAACUUGUCGUCUACCAACUCGAUCUACUGAUGAAGAAUUGUGGAACAACUCAACAUCCACAGUAUUGAAUUUGCAUUUCAAUGUCACAGCCCCGCGUAGUAAAUUGGUCACCGUGAAAAACGCCACGCUUUGGCUGCAUCUACAAAUGCCCCAAGUUGAAUGUCCUUGCAACGACGCCAUCGUUAUCAACGUCUACAUCCUAACGAAAGCCUUGAAGAAAAACCAACGUAAACCUCGUCGGCGAUUGGCAGCGGUACGUAUCGUGAAGCACCAGGGUGACAGUUGGCAAGACUUUGACAUGCAAGGAACGGUCAGUGACUGGCUGGAACAAAGGAAGAAUUUUGGAUUACAGAUUAUUAUCAAAGACCGCAUGGAGAACUUACUAAAUGCAAGAGAUAUCAUUUCUCACACAGACUGUUCACAACAGAAUCCUCCGAGUGUAAAAUGUUGGCAAAACUCUCAAUUGAUAAUGGUCAAUGGUAACCGAAGUGCAUUGCCCAUUCUGAUAGCGAAUAACCAUUCUACAGGAGCAUUACUGGAUGUUUACACGGAAGAGAAACCAAAGACGAGGAGAAUUAGAUUGAAAAAACAAUGACUAGGAAACAGGAAGAGAAGGAGGCCAUUACAUAUAAAUUAAACUUCCAGAACUUUCAACAAUAACAACACCAACAACAUUAAAAAAUGAAAAAGAACAAUGACAACCAGAAGUUAUCCAAAUCUAAAUGGUGAACAAGAAUGCCACUCUUCAGUUUCUCAAGCUGUGGUCUUCCAUUUCUCUUCAGUUGUGUUAAGACAAGAGGAUCUGACAUUGUAACUACAGCUUUUAACCGAUUCCCGACUUCAAGGAAACACAGCAAGACUGACAAAAGCAACAACAACAACAACAACAACAACAACAUAAAAUACAAACCAAAAACUCCUAUCGAAAGAUAAUGACAUAAAGAACAACAAGAAUACAUUUAAAAUAUCUGUAUAUAAACAUCUUACACAAAGACAAACACAUACGCAUAUAAGUCAUACAUACAUACAUAUAUACACACACAUAUAUACAUGUACAUAUAAACAUAUAUAUACAUAUAUAUAUAUAUAUACAAUAUAUAUAUAUAAUAUAUAUAAUAUAUAUAUAUAUGUAUAUAUAUAUAUAUAUAUAUAUAUAUAUAUAUAUAUAUAUAUAUAUAUAUAUAUAUAUGUAUGUAUGUAUGUAUGUAUAUAUUCAUAUGUACAUAAAUUCAUACACGCUUACAUACACACAUACAAACCUACAUGCGUGCAAGCAUACAUUUAUACAUUCAUGCAUCCUGACAUCACUACGUACAUGCAUGCGCGCGUAUAUCUUAAGAACCCUGGAAAAGUCGUACAUACUCGAGUGUAUAACAUGGACAAUAAUACAAGACAUCUUUUGCAUACACGAGUGUAUACUAUGGACAAUAUACAUACAAGAGUGUACAUUAUGAAGAAUGAAGAGAAAGAGAUAUAGAAACGUAGACGAAUGUUCGUAUAUGGAUGAUGGACAAGAACAUAUGCAGGAGUAUAUAUUACGUCACAUCCAUGCAUAUGUAUAUAUAUAAAUAUAUAUAUAUAUACAUAUGUAAAUCAAUAUAUAUGUGCAUACAUGCAUACAUACAUAUAUAAAUACAUACAUACUUAUAUGCAUAUAUAGAUAUAUGCAAAUGAGCGUACAUUAUGAAAAGCAUUGAAAGGAAAAGAAAGGAGAGACUAAAAUCAGAGACAAUGAACGAUCGAAUAAAGUAUUAGCCAUCAAAAAAAUAUGUUCAGGCAACAAAAACUACAAACAAAACCUCAUCACCACAAACAGCA